GACAGUAAAGAACAGUGUUAAGAGACGCCCUGUUAAACACAGCUCGUACGAUAGUGGCAGAUUCUAGGAUAGCGGCAACCUUGGGUGUUGAAAGGACUGGAAGGAUAUUGAACAAGUCCAUCAUGUUCCAGGAGAAUUUUCUCACUUUUCACCUCAUGCAACCAAGUUGUGGAGCAUUUCCUGGAGAAUCAUGUAGAAGUUGAGGUGGAUGUACUCAGAGCUGGCAGGACCUUCUGGCUAAAGAUGCUCUGGUGUCAGAUUUAAAGCUGCACACCCCUUCAGAUGCUCAAGACAGGAACUACACCUCAAGUGAUGCUAAACUCUGAGAAUGUCUGAGAGGAGAGAUAGACACAUGAAGCCAGAUCACUAACAGGAACACAGGCAUUUGAAGCAGAGUUUUGCAUUGGAUGCAUGCUGUGAGCAGACAAGAACUAAUUUUAAGGAAAACCUUUUGAGUUUCACAAUGGCUAACACUGCCAUGCAAUUAGUAGCUUUGAUUACUUCUAUAAUCGGCAUGAUUGGAACAUUGUCAGCUACUAUUAUGCCCCACUGGAGGAUCACGGCACACAUUGGAGCAAAUGUUGUAACUGCUAUUGUCUACAUGAAAGGAUUAUGGUGGGCAUGUGCCAUGUUCAGCACUGGAGUCUUCCAAUGCGAAACGUACAACUCUGUCCUGGAACUUCCGGCUGACCUGCAAACUGCCCGCGCCAUGAUGGUCAUUUCUGUUGCCCUCUCAUUACUAGCUAUAACAAUCUCUGUGGUUGGGAUGAAAUGCACGGUGUGUGCCAGGGAUUCUCCAAUAAAAGACAAGAUUGCCGGCACCGGAGGAGUUUUCUUUAUCGUAGCUGGGCUAACAGGUUUGGUGCCAGUGGCAUGGACAAUGAAUGGAGUGAUACUGAAUUUCAACAACCCAUUGAUUCCUGGUGACCUCAAGUUUGAGAUUGGUGAGUCUUUGUACCUUGGAGUUGUUGCUGCGAUGCUGACCAUCAUUGGAGGAGCCAUGCUGUCCCUGUCAUUUAUAGGUAGGAGAACUGAGCCCUACAGUAGACGACCAAUGUCCUACCAAAAUCCUGCAGCUAACCGUCCUGCGCCUGCUCCUUCGGCUGCGUCCGUUCAGUCAAAAGCAGCAAAAUCGGAAUUCAACUCUUACAAUUUGACUGGCUAUGUUUAGACUCCAGCUGUGUACUCACUGGCAUGCUCAGGCCGCAGUGGAAUUACUUUAUAGGGUAAUUACAAAGAUUAUUCUUUGUGACAGGUUCACUCUGUUCAGAUGAAUUUACAUAAUUUUGAUCUUAGCAUGAUAAUGAUUAAAAGCUCCCACCACUAAUGAUUUAGUCACAGGUGAUUCUAUAAAUUUUGAGUAAGAAAUCUCCUAACUCACUGCUUUUGCUACAAUAAAAGGUGAUUUACUAGGAUCGCAGUAUAACUGGUUGGUUAGAAUUAAGCUUGUCAUUGUAUUUGUUUCUUCCUUUCUUCAUAUCUGGCUUUUACAGCAAUAAAAUCUUAAAUCAUCGAGCAAACUGAACAUCUUUGCUGUCGGUGAAAAGAUAAUCACGCCUUGAAUUUAACAUCAUUUUUGCAAAGUAGAAAAUGGAUUUCAGUUUAUCUCUGUGGAGGUGUUUUAUAGCAGAGCUGGGGCUUUAACUGGGGAAGAGAGAGUUUUAAGCACAAUCCUACUGCCUUUGAGAAAUUUCUGAAGGGAUCAAAAGCAAGUUCUAAUGCUGCUGGUGGUACUUGGUAACCAAUCUCAGUGAUCUUUCUGGAGGUGCCCAGUUAAGGGGCUGUGUCUGGAAACACCAAAUUGUUAAAGAUGCAGCCUAGACUCUGUACCCAAAUAACCCACAGGGCUGACUCACAGAGUUGGUAUUCUCUAAAAAUGUCUGAAACUUUAUAAAAUAUUUGUGGCCACAACCACAAGACUCUCAUUGUUAAGAACGUCAGUGAUAGAUUAUUGAGGGCUCAGUGGCUCCCAAUCACCUUCUGCCAGGAGGAUGACUCCAGGGUCCUGCUGAACAUUUCCCACAGCAUGGGGCAUAGCAGUGUUACAAGAUCCCAGCAGCUCCCCAAAGUGGUCUCAAGCGGUCACUUAGUUUCUUUGUUUGAGUUGCUGCUGCUGUUGCCAGGUGGAGUAGUUAUUUCCAUUGCUGACCCUGUUUCUGGUGAGUUGUGUUCCCAGAGGUGGGAACACCAUGUGUGGCUGACUCAACACAUUAGCCUGCAAAUGGUCCCCCAAGUAUCCAUCAUUCCAAAGCCACCUCAAUGUGGCUGAUAACAUACUACCCAUUGAGUCUAAUUUACAAUAGUUAUGACAAUUAUAUGCAUUUGGAACUGAAUGGCCAUCAACAACAUCACCUACCAAACAACACCCCUCGCCCUGAAAGACAGUGAAAAAAAUUCAGCCCAGUGAGCACAGGACAGCGAAAUUAUGGCCUCCUGCUCCACAAGCAGAAGGGAGGGACAAUCCUCAGUGCAAUUGCAGGCAUGUGCCCUCAACCAUGGAACAUAUUACUUUAACCUUUACUAGGGUGUUCUCCCUUUUCUAGCAUGCAACAUCAUGUUGAUUUGAUGACUUUUUCUCCACGUUCCUAAUUUAGAAAAAAGCUACGAACAAUUAAAAUUUUGGAAAAUAUCUCCACUGCCUAUUUAAUAAUCCUCUAGCUAUAUUAAAUGUAAAUUCUCUGUUGCAGAGUUCAUGGUUGAACUUCAUUACACAAUGUUUACCCUGUGGGUUUACUGUUUAAUAUUCCAUAUCAUAUAUACAAUAAUUUCAAUAACAUGGUCUAAUGUAUUAUAACGCUAACUUCAGCUCUGAAGAUCUCAAGCACUUUUAAAUGCUGGUGAGCCAAUGUAACAUCUCCCUAAAUAAUGAUCCUGCCCUAUUUUGCCUGUUCUGGAACCAUGCUUUUCUGAAGCAGUUCUGAGGAAGGGUCACCAGACCUGAAAUGUCAACUCUGAUUUUUAAUUCACAGAUGCUGCCAGGCCUGCUGAGCUUUUCCGGCAACUUAGUUUUUGUCCAUGCUUUUCUUUAUUUAAUUUCAGUUAAUAAUUUGGCAUUAUGUUGGAACUGUAUAAAAUGUUGAUUAGGCCACAACUAGAACAUUGUAUAUAAUUCUGGAAUCCAUGUUUUAGGAGAGAUGUGAUAGCCCUGCAGAGCGUGAAGGGCAGAUUUACCAGGAUUUGCUUGUACUGGAGAGCUUUACUCAUGAAGAGAGCCUGGACAGGCUAUGCUGUUUCUUUGGAUCAGUGGAGACUGAAGGGAGACAUGAUUGAUAUUUAUAAAAUUAUAGAGGCAUUGACAGGGUACAAAGGAAGGAACUUUUCUCCCUUGGUGGAGGGCUCACUGAUUGGGGGUUAGAGAUGUAAGGUAAGUGGCAGUCGGUUUAGAGGAAAUGUAAGGAAAGGUUUCUCUCACCAGAGGGUGGUAGGAAUUUUCUAACUCGCUGUUUGUAAAGGUGGUAGAGACAGAAACCCCCAUAAUAUUUAAGAAGAAUUUACAUCUGUGCUUAUGAUGCCCAAGCAUACAAGGUGAUGUGCCAAGACCUGAAAGUGGAAUUAGAAUAGUUAGGUACUUCUUUUCAAUCAGCAUAGACUCUACGGGCCAGAGGGCCUUUUUCUGUGCUGUAGACCUCUGUGACGACUUUUUUUUCACUCAUUUUGUGCAUCAUGCUUCAUGAGAAAGCCAACAUCUGACCUUAACUAAUGUGUAAACAGGUAGCCAACAGAAACAGGUCAAGGUAAUCUCAUGGAAAAUCUUAAAGUGCCUUUUAUAGUUGUUAUUUCAAAAGUAGGCUCAUUUUACAACAAUAUAAAAGCAUUUCUAAUCUUUUAAAUUAUAUCAAAGCUAAAUAUAACAACAAGGUCUCAAAUUUCUUAAACAGUCCACUUUUGCUAUCAUUUUACACUGAUGCAUGUGUUCUAUAGAAUUGAGUCUUAGUGGAAAGCAGUUGAGUAAUUUUAUUAAGAAUGGUUAUGUCUUAUCAGACCAACAUUAAAGUGGUAUUGGACUGUUGCCCAAUGGUUCAGUAUGUAAUUGAACUGAUUGAACAGUGUACAGUUAUAAAGGUGAUCAGGUCCAAUCCCUCUUUACUGAUUUAGCUGAUCUGAGCUGUAGUGGCAGAUGCGAAACUUAGCUGAAAGAUACUCAGCUGACAUCCUGUCCAGGAUUGGCAUCCAGUUUUUUUUUCUCUAAUGAAACUGCACAUAUUGGGUGAAGACUGCUCAGGUUUCUGUGUGAAGGGUGCUAUAGGGCUAUAGACCAUACCCACUACAUAGGUUCACAUUUGAAAUUAAAGACAUUUGAGUGAGGUACUCUUGAGCCCCUAUCAUACACUGCAUAUCAACCAGAAAUCUUCAUUGAAGUCUAGCUAAAACACAAUUUACAUGCAUGUCAAACUAAGCAGUUGAUAAAAUCUAUAGAUUUAAUUGCUAAGGCAAUAAUGUGACCACAGAUUUAGAUGAAAUAUCAUAAAUUACUCAGUCUUUGUUUACAUUUUAUGUAGUGACAGCAUAAUGUAAAAGGCAGCAUAAGCUUUUCCAUGGCAUCUACCAUGCUAUGUGCAAUUCAAAGCCUGCACUACAUUUUAUUCACAGGAAUUCUCAUGUCACAGUGACAUAAUUUAGCUAUUCAGCCAAUAUCAGUUUGGCAAUUAACCAACAUUUUGCAAUUUAAUUCACAACGAUAUAUGCAUUUUUUAAAAGAAGCAUGUUAUGGUUAAAUCCAAUAUGAACAUGAAAAAGAUAGUAGGAACUGCAGGUGCUGCAGAAUCUGAGAUAACAAGGACUAGAGCUGGAUGAACACAGCAGGCCAAGCAGCAUCCUAGGAGCAGGAAAGCUGACGUUUCGGGCCCAGACCCUUCAUCAGAAUGUAGUUUUCUUACAAUUCACAGAGUUACUUUGAUGUGUAUUCAUCCUGUAACAUUCCAGAAGCACAUGUGGAGUCUUCACUUCACCAAGAAAGUGCUCCUCAAGACUCCAGAGUUCUGCAGCACAGAGGCUGAAAUGUUCUCUGUUUUGAAUGGUAGUUUUUAAAAUAUAUUAGUCAUACUGAAUUAAAGUAUGUGUAUAGUUUCUGAAUGGCUUUUCAGAAGUACAGACAAGAAAAAGUUGUAUCAGGUCCACAUAAAUAUUUUUAAAGGCCUGAUGACAAGAAAUCCAGUCUGAAUACUCAUGAAUGAUUCCUCAGGGAAAUGAAAGAACAUAAGAAGAGCAGCAGUGGACAAUACUGUCCAUUGAGCUUGUCCCACCAUUUGAUAUGAUCAUUGAUAAUCUUUGCCUUCAAGUUCAUGUUUCCACUGCUCCCUUGAUUUCCUAAUAAGUGAAAAUCAGUCUAUUUCACCAUUAAAUAUAAUCAGUGAUGGAAAAUUCAAAACCCUUGAGAUAGAGUAGUGCUAGGAUUCACAACAUUUUCAAUGAAGAAGUGACUUUUCAUCUUAACCCUCAAUGAUUUCCCCUUACUCUGAGACUUGGCCCCCAUAUUCUAGAAUCCUAAGUCAGAAGAAACAACCUACCAACAUCAACUCUGUCAAGUCUUUUCAGGCUGUUGCAACUUUUGAUUAGUUGGCCACCGAUGUUUUUAAACCCCAGAGAGUAUUGACCUAAUUUAUUGAACAUCUCAUCACGUGACACUGUUUUCAACAGGGGAACUAGUCCAGGGAACCUUUGCUGAACUGAUUACCAGAUGCUGUUUGUUAGCGUUUGGCAUAUCAUGUCAAUUUUUGAGUCUGUAACUAGUAUUCUCAAGGCUUUUUAGAUGCAAAAUGAUCAGUAAGAUACGACAAUUUAUUCUGUGAACUCUAAUCUAGUUAACAUAGAAACUAAUUUGAAAUAGUGGAAACAGGUUCCUUUUGCCCAGAUGAAUGAAACGAAUCUUCAAGUUAUUAAGUUAAGAGCAAUUCAAAAUGGACUUAUUUAUUUUCUGUUAGAACUAUAUCCUGAGUGGUGAUAUAUUUUGUUGAUCUGUCAUGUUGCAAUAUGAAAUCAAUGUACUUUUCAGUUUAGCAUUUUCAUUUCAACCACUGAUGUUAAGAGAAUAAUAUUUUUUAAAAAUGUAAACACGUACAAAAUUAGCAAUUGUAAUCAAUAAUUCAUUACUAAUUGCAAUAAAAUAUUCUAAUCAUGUUUCACGUCA